AUGAGAAUCCAAUUCUUUAUCGUAGCAUUCCUACUAGCUGUUCAACCAGUCACCACUAGUAAUCAAGCGAUUCGAAUUGCCGGAAAAUUACUCUGUUCAGGGAAAUCCAUCACUGGACGCGUACAUCUGAAAAGUGGCUCAAAUUUCCUGACCAGAGGAACCUUGAAAGAUGUGCGCACUGAGCCGGAUGGAAGAUUCGAGUUGUCGUGGUCGAGCCGAUGGUUCAAUUGGCCGGUUGCCGAGCCAAAGCUUUCCAUUUAUACCGACUGCGUAGUAAAGGAGUGUCGACGCGAGUCGAAAUUCCCGUUGUCGGAAAGCAACUUCACAAGCGGUACCGAGGCACAGUUGAUCGAUCUCGGCGACAUCGAGAUUCGCGCCUUGCGUUGGGUACGCUAUUGCAAUUACGAAAAAGGGGAUUUGACG